CGCAACUGUACCGGCGUCUACUCACGGAGUUGUACAAGGUUGCACAAUAGUUUCACCGAUCUUUUCCUGUGACCGCGAACUUGAACUGGACUCAUCCAAGUAUCAAGAUGCUCUUCCCUGAGUCCGUGGAAGACGUCUGUAUGAUUGUGGAAACGUACGGGCUACUCAAUGAAGAAGUGGAGGACUGGAUUGACUCUCUGGAUCGCUACAUGGACCAGCUUUUGGCUUCGAGCCAACGUCUCCUGGCCCAGAAGGAGGACCUCUGCCGCUAUAGGGAGGAGGCUGAGGGGUACAGUCAGGAGUGUCGUCAGCUCCUGCAGGAGGUAGAGGUGAGGGUGAAGUACGACCAGAACCUUAAGGUGGUCGUGGAGUUCCUAGCGUGGGAGUGCUCCCUUACUGCGGCGUUGGCGGGGGAACUUGAAUCCCAGGUAGAGGAAAUGACCAAACUAUAUCAUGCGGUGCAUGACCACUGUGACAUGAUACGUGAUUACCGCUAUCUCCUCGGAGAUUAUCUCAGACAUGAAGAUGAGCAGAGGAACUACGAUCAGAGGUCGACCUGCAAGGACGGGUAUUGACUAUAUAUAUGGCGGUGAGUAGUAGUUAACGGAGAGUAAUGGGGAU